GCUCGUCUCUUCUCUCAUUCGCUACUCGUUAGGAGAGCAAAACAAAAAUAAGAAAUACAUAUAUCUUGGGGUGAAUAGGAAAUUGUCCCUGCACCGAUUCGCGCCAAUUCCUGCCAAGGAAAUAAAAAACAAAACUUAAAAAUAAUACCAAGUUGGAACUAAGUAACGCGAACCAUCGAAAGAACGCCAGCGUGCCUCCACCAUUUUGUUUAACCCACUCCUCCUCGUGUAAAUUUUUGUUCGUGUGGGUGCUUGCAGUGUUUGUGCAAAGUGCUCCCCAUAAUGCCUGUAAAAUGUGCAAAACCGAACUUGAGAAAGACAUUUCGUAGUUUCGUUUAGUAAGCCAUGGAUCGGUUGAUACCAGCAGAAGAGGCUUACCUCAGAGAAGAUUGGAAAAUAAUUGUGGAAAUAGCCCGUAAUCGACCUGGAACUCAAGUGUCAAAGUGCAUCUUCACCUACGAUGAGCAACAGGAUCUCCCCUCCCUAGUUGUUCUUCUCGAGGAAAUUUCAAAAAACAGCGACUAUUCCACAGACUUACGAAUAUCCUUGGAAUAUCUUCUUCAUGAAUUAUCACGACACUGUUGGGGGAGUCAGCAUGUCUCCCGACGGUCGGCCCUCGUGGCGGCGGGAAGUGCCAUACAAUACUGUGGAAAAAUCUAUGGAGAUCGCGUGGAGUACGUGUACCAAGUGGUGGGUCAUCAGAUCGAAUCCCUUCGAUCUUCAGAGUCUCAGAAGGAUACCCCCAGCGGAAGCAAUGGACCGGAGAGCAAUUCUACUAAGCCGGAGGAGCCGCGCAAACGUCGCACCAAGAAGCUAACCAAGAAAGAAGUUGAUCCCUAUUUGCUCACCGUGGAACCGCGAAAAUUCAAGAUGAUGUCGGACGAUAAACGCUUCAACUUGACGGGCUUUGUGAAGUGCACGAGGAAUCGGACAAUAGAGUACCUUUAUCAGGAUCACACGCCGCCCAACCUAUGGAAGCAUGCUCCCGUAGUGGAUCCCCACAAUCCCUACGACCAGGAUGAAAAGAAGCAGUACAAAAUGUUUACGUAUCAUGUGGAGCAUCGAUAUAACACACUUCUGCCUGAUAUUCCCUUCGAACGGUUGAAUCUGAUCAAGGAAUAUGUGCACACAAAUCAGGUCAAUACCGCGGAGAUACUAAAUGAGCAUAUGACUACAAAGGAUUACCUGGAUGAGUACAUUGCGCUGGAGAAUCAAAUGUUAGCGUCCCGAUAUGGAGCCACAGUUAGGACUCGAAGAAGAAUGACAGAACCGGCGAAAAGAAUGAUGGAAGAUACUAGCGAAUCGGAGCUAACGAAAAAGUUGAGACUUGAGGAGGAUCUGCUCAUGGAUACGGAUGAAGCUGCGCCGCCAGAGACAAUGGAAGUGGAUCAAUCAUUGCGUACGGGCGAUGGUUUGCAAAAUCAAAUAUCACUGGACUCGGGCCUUGGCGAAUCAAUCAACACUAGUCAGGACAACACUAUUAAUACCACACUAGACAUGAGCCAAGUGGAGAACUCUACCUUAAGCGUUAGCCAAGUAGAGAACUCAGCCUUUAGUGAAAGUCAUGCACAGGACUCGUCCUUAAGCGUUAGCCAGGUUGAGAAUCCGCCGCUGAGUAGCACUUUGGCUAUAAAUGAGUCCAGUGUCCUAGACAGCACGAGACUGCCCCCCGCUAAAGAUGACUCCCUAGAGGAGCUGUUACACAUUGAUUCCGGUAUCGGUAUGGAAGAGGUUUCCGAUAUACAUACGCAUGCAGGCCAGUCUUUUGACGAUGAAGGUGUUGUUCUUUCAGAUUUAGAAGAUCAGCGCCAGGCAAGCCCCUUGAUGCAGUUAGAUAUCCAUUCGGAAAAGCCGGAAUCAAAAACGGCUGAAGUCAUUGAGAUGGAUGCCGAUAUUGUAAUGAAUGUUCCAAGGGAGGUCUGCUUUCCCAUUCUCCUAAAUUUUAUGGGCCUUCCACAAAAAAAUCUACGCCGUAAAUGUAUUUUUAAACUUCCAACAGAGUUUGACCUAUUUAAGGAAUCGCGUCUUCCUAGCAGACGAGAGGGACAACCAAAAACUCAAACUUCUGUCAGAGCUACAGUGUUACGGGUAGAAAAAGAAUCUCCAAAAACAACGGAAAAAGAACCCGGCUCUCCAGUUAGCUUAGAGUUUGACGAGGAUUAUAAUUUCUUGGGCUUCCGGCAACGUCGUCCGACUUUUGAUUCUGGUUUUGACUUUGAGGAAAUGCGAACCAGGUCAGGAUGUGUUUCUACCAUUGGAGAAGUUAAAGUUGAGGUUGAAGACGUUACUGAAAGCAAAGAAAAUAAGACAAUUAACGAAACUGCAGCCGAAGCUUUGAAAGAGGCAAUAGAUCCCAGCAUGGAAAGUGGUUUGGGAGACUCAAUAAUGUCGAAACUAAAUGAGACCUCAAAACUUGAGGAUUCAGAAAAAUCUAAAACGGAAAGCGGAUUGGAUGCUUCCACGGACUUAGCAAUGAAGAGCGGAUUAAUAAGCGAUAAAUUGGACGUUACCACUGAGCCAAAAACAGUGGGCAUUGAUGUUUUAGAAACCACUCAACUUGACCAAUCAGCAUUCGAGAUUUCUAUGCUGCUAGAAAAAUCAACCAUAAAUGACGAAGCAGAAGCAAAGGAUGUGCCUGCUGAUAUACCAGCGCCAGAUGAUGGGAUACAGGAUGGUGCUGCCGAAGACUGCUAUGAGUCGGUACGAUGCGAUUCACCACUAGAAAUUGACCACUGUGAUAACACCGAUUCCAGCACUAUGGUUCGUGACUGGCACAGACGAUUGGCUCCUGCUCUAGAGGCAGCCCAUGAACGGCAGAAUUUUAAUAUUAAAGACUUGGGUACUGAGAUCUUAGACGUUUGCCAGGAGGGCGAUGGGACAGCCACGUUAGCCGAAGUCAUGGCUGACAAAGAUCCUACCGUCAUGUGUCGCUAUAUGUUGGCUUCACUAGUUUUGACAAAUCACGGAAACGUGUCCUUAAAUUUUGGAAAUCGUGAUAAAAGUAAGCCCAUCGACAUGUCUCAGUUUCAUAUGCAGCUAAAGAGUACAAAGCGAAUGGAAAUCCAUCCUGAGGAUGACGUGGGUAACAUAAAUGCAACCAAAAGCAAACCGGCAGCGAAGACUUCGGAAACGAAUAGCUCAGAUGACAAUAUGAAGGCAAGGACGAGUAAACCGGCGCUUAUAAAAAAUAAACGCAAGUCGACGGAAAUGGAUUCACCAGAGGUCUAUGCAAAAACCGUUCGUUUGAUACAGCCCAUCCCAAAGAUGCGGCAGACUCCCUCUGAUGGCGACUCGGGGAUAUCUUCGAUGGGCACUUCAUUGGCAUCGACAACCCGACCUAAUUAGAAGUAGCCUGGUGACGUCUUAAAUAAUUAUUAAACCCCUUAGUAGACCCUUGGCGUCCCAGUUAUCCUAGCCCCAUAUACGAAUUAUAUAAACAUUUAUGUUGUAUUAUUUUCAGGCCCAGCGAACAAUACCCUUUUCAAAGCAGUACAACAAGAUCAUGAGGCUGCCUUAGGUAUAAACCUUGCCACAUUAUUUUUUCACUCCUGUACAAAUGUAAGUUUAAGAUUUUUAGUUUAAACAGGCUUGCAAAACAUAGUGUACUUUAGAUUAAGCCUAUGUAUAUGUUAAAAACAGUAUGUGUGUAGAGUAGUAAACCAGUAUUAUCUAAGCUCGAUUUCCAGAAACAUGAAUGAGUUAAUGCGCUUUUUAGUUCUUUUUAUUUGUUCGAAUUGCAACUUUUUUUUUAGUUCCUUUGUUUUGCAUUUGAAUUUUUUAUAUUUUCUUCAU